CAGACAGACGUGCAGCUCAGCGCUUCAACUCUCUCUCCUUCUUUGUUUUACUGUUUUAUUUCCACGGACAACUUGUUCUCCAGUCCCGCAGAAGAGUUUAGUGAGUGCGGACUGAGGACUUCCGGUGAUGGCUGAGCCGCUGCUCAGAAGAACUUUCUCCAAACUCCGCGGAAAAGAACGAUUCCGCCGCAAAACGGACCCAAAACUCACCGAAUUGACUGGGAAGGUGGAUCUUAUCCCAAGUUCCUCAACAUCUGCAUCCACCUCAGGCCAAGCUGAGACGGAGCUCUCGGUUGUAGAAGAUUGCGCCCGACGCUCCCAGAUCACGGUCUCCAAAAAACAAAACUGGGCCAAACUUCCUUCAACAUGCAGGGACCCGGCUAGUGCAGAGCUGUGUCCAAGACUAGUCUACGGACAUCAGGACUGGGAUUUGUGCUCAGGAAAGUCCGAGGUUUCAAACCAGACAUGUAGCCAAAGGACUUUGAGUGACGAUGGCUUGAAGAGGAAGCUGAACGAUCUGGAAUUGGAGUUUGGAUGCCCCAGGACGCCAUGCGAUGCCAUUGACGCUGGUUUACUAGAGUUGAGCCCUGCUUCUACGGCCUAUACGGAAGCAUGUGUCUCGUCCAGCCCGGUUAAGAUCUCUGGGCAAGGUGCCUACCUCCAGCACCUGGACAGAAGCAGCAGAGCUUGGGUAUUGUCCACAGGAAAGCCCCAGGCUUCAGAAGAGUCCCUUCUAACCAGAAUCACAGAGUGGCGACAGGGACCUAAUGCAGAUGGAAAUAUUUGGUACAACCCCAUUCCUGAAGAGGAUGACACACGGUCUGGUGGAGGAGUGGAUCUGGAAAAAUAUGGAGACCCAUGGAGGAGGAGAGAGUCAACAAAUGAGAAGAGAGACCAGAAGUGUUCACAGGGUUCGACUCUUGCCAGCUCGGAUCUGGUUGGGUUACAGUCUGAAAAUGUUAUCUCUGCUUGUGGAGGAAAUUCCGACAGUCCUGGGGUGCCAAAGAAAAACCUUGAAGAAGGUGGGAGUGGCGGCAGUGUGAUUGACAGGAUCAAGUCUCCAGGAACAGUGCGACGACUUUCUAUGAAGAUGCGCAAAUUCCCAGAACUAAGGCGGAAACUUAGCUUACGUUCAUCCCGUAAUCAGCGGCACGGACCGGGCCAAGCGAAUGCCAGCAGUGCACCAGGAUUGUCGGAUGAGGCGUCACCCCCAAACGUAUGCAAAGAAUCAUCCAACGUCAUCAGCAAGUACCACCUGGACUCCAGUGCCCCCGCCAGGCCAAGACGCAGAUCAUCACGAACACGUUCUGCUAGUAAAGGAGGUUAUCUUAGCGACGGAGAUUCGCCCGAACUCCUGCCAAAGCAGGGCUCCGGUCAGGGGUCGAAAGGUUCACCUACAACACCGCCACACUGUGGAAUUAGUGAUUCACUUGCUGUGGCGGACACAGAGUCGUUUCGCUUGUACUCGCUCGCAGAUCAGCCACGCUGUGCUCAGAGACUUUCGGGCCUGCUCACGGUGCAUCUACUGGGCAUAGAAGAGCUGCUACGUUCCCCACGGAGCGACACGACUAAAGAAGUCUUCUGUGCCAUUCAGGUGGACGGGGUGACCCGAGCUCGAACCGCCCUGCUCACCUGUCGAGGGGCGUGUCUACCUCUGAACCACACUUUUAAUCUGGAGCUUGAGAGGGCGCGACUGCUCAAACUGGUCAUCUUAACGGCAACUGCUGCCAAUGCAAACAAUGGGUCUUGUGUGCCCACUGCUCCCGCCCGUAACCGGGUGUGCUGUCUGGGUGCUGUAGCCAUACCUUCCCUCUUCAAGGCCUCCCGCAGUCAGCAGUUGUGUGUGAGGCUGGAACCUCGUGGUUUGUUGUAUGUAAAGUUGACCCUGCUGGAGCACUUCGUGACCCCAUUCCCCCGCCUCAAUGACCUGCAUCCCCCCACUGUGUUUGGGGUUGAGCUGCGCCAACUGGUUGACAAGGAGGCAUCGGCUCUCAAAGUCCCUCUGAUCAUUCAGAAGUGUGUGUCUGAGAUCGAGAGGAGAGGCCUGAGGGUCGUGGGGUUGUAUCGUCUUUGUGGUUCGGCAGCUGUGAAGAAGGAAUUGCGAGACUUGUUCGAGAGAGACAGUGCAGCAGUUACGCUAAACGACGAGUUGUAUCCCGACGUCAACGUCAUUACUGGCAUUUUGAAGGACUACCUGCGUGAGUUGCCGUCUCCUCUCAUCACGAGGACCCUGUAUGAAGUGGUUUUGGACGCCAUGACGGUUCGUCCGGCUUGUAGAAAUGACAACGACGCUCCGAGAUCAGAAAAUACGGUCGCGCUGCUGCAGUGUUUGCCUGAAGCCGAGCGGGCCACCCUCUCCUUCCUGUUGGAUCAUCUGAGUCUGGUGGCGUCUUAUAGCGACAGCAACCGCAUGACGUGUCAGAACUUGGCAGUGUGUUUUGGGCCGGUUCUGUUGACCCCCACACAGGAGUCCUGGCAGGCCGGACUGACGGCUCCUUGUUCAGGGGCCCUGAUGGGAACCACGUCCAGUCGAGGAGGGCGGAGCUUUGCACACAGCGAAGAGAUCGCCAGCGCUGUUGACUUCAAGCGACACAUCGAGGCCCUGCAUUACCUUCUGCAGCUCUGGCCUGUUCCCAAAGAAAGAGUGACGGACGACUCCGACCAAUCACGGUUCACUGCGGACGCCCUCGCUGCUCUCACAUCCCAGAAUUCCUCAAUGCGACGGGCUCAGCGCGCGCCACUGCGUGUGGAGCUUCCGUCCGCUCAGGACGCGGUGGUGGUGUCACGCCGGGGGCGUGGCCGUCUGGAGAGCCCAUCCUGUAACCGCUACGCCGGUGAUUGGAGCGUUUGUGGGCGGGACAUCCCGUCUAACGACGAGGUGGAUUAUGACGAGGUGGCGGGCAGCGAGAGUGACGAAGACCUCGAGCGGCGGACGAAGAAAAGGGACGUGUGGACGUCGCCUGACGGUUUGUACGCCGAUGAUUUUGCACUGGACUUCGACGCGCCGUUUACGUGUCGGCUGAGUCUAAAAGACUUCGAUACGCUCAUUUCAGACCUGGAGAGGGAGUUGGCCAAACAAAUCAACAUCUGCCUUUAAAACAGGACCAUCGUGAGCCGUGUAGCGAUUUAGCAAUGUGCAUUUUUCUCAUAUUGGCUAUUGAAAUACUCCACAGUGUUAUAUUAUAUGUACAUUUUAAAGACGUGGUUUUAGUUUGGGUAAAAACUACAAGACAGCUGUGAUCCCCAGAGUUUACGAGACGUAUGCAGCAAGAAGCAUUGGGCAAAGGCAUCCUCCUAAGGGGCCGUUCACACUGAAGGCGUUCUUGCAUCUGUUCGUGUUGUUUUUAAAUUGUUCAUCAAUGUAAACAUGCGCUACUAUGGCGUCUUUGAUUAAUGUGGCGCGUCUUGCUGUUUAUUUAACGUCUCUGAAGGAGUGUUUUUUUAGAUGCCGUGUCAGUUUAACAGAAUUUAAAGGAAUAUUCAGGGUUCAGGACGAGUUAAGCUCAAUCGACAGCAUUUGUGACAAUGUUGUGUACCACAAAAAUGUUAAACAGUGAGACACUUAUAAUGGAAGUCAAUGGGGCCAAUCUGUAAACGUUAACCUCGUGAGAUCCGAGCUUGACUGCGGUGUGCAUUUUCCAUUCGCUUUUUGAGUUGUAACUAGUAACGCCUAAGGAACAUUAAAACGAAUAAUUAUUUUCGCUGCGCUCCAUCUAGCUUUUUUUAUGGCGAGAAUGCAAUCUUUCUGAAAGGCCUCUGGGUCAUCUGUGUUUUGCACGCAUUCAAAAUCCGAAUGCACCGAUUCAGUAUUCAAAUGUGCAUUUUUAACUAAAAUGUUCAAAUUUUAAUUUGAAUGCUUUAUUGUGUAAAAUAUUGAUGCAAACUGCCGUCCCGCUAUAAUGAAUUGGACCACAAGUUACCACCAAAUAUCCACUGUAACAAUCAAACUGAUGUCCAGCUUUAAUGUGUUUUUAUUAUUUGGGUAUGUAACGGGGUUCUGAAGAUGGGCGUGGAGGCGGCGGGAACCGGCAGAACAGUCAAUAUAUCUUUAAUGACAUAAAUCAACUUAAACAUAACAUAAAACACACAUACAGCAGCCGCAUGUGUGUCUCUCGCUCUACCUCUCGCUCUCUCUCACUCGCUCGCUCUCUCUCGAACUGGCACCUCCGGCUCAUCUUUAUCCCCCUCCCAGCUGAGUAGGGCAAUUCAGUGUCUCGGCCACACCCCCCUCUUUGUCACAGGGUACUUGGUACCUUAAUUGCUUUUAUGGUGCAUUUUGAACACAUUACACGCUAUUGUGAAGUAAUGUAAACAAACACAAACUGUAAUCAACGCCUGAUGAUUUUCUUAUAGUUGUGGGCACUGUUGCUCUGAAGGAGAGACGAGGUUAAUACAAGCUGUGCAUAAUGCAUCAUGACGCACGUGUGCGCAUAAUGCCUCAUAAGUCACAAGUUCUUAAUGAAACGGGACCAUUCUUUAGGAAUGUGUUCCAGCUGAAGGAUGACUGCAGACAGGACGAUCUGCCUUAUGUUUGUGUGAAGUUUUAUUUUAUUUAAAGCUCUGUGUAUGACUCUUAUUCCUUACAGCUGGUCUGUGUUGUCGAUGUUUGGGCCAAGAUUUCAUCAGUGUUUCCACUGGGUCAUUCCGUUACGUGCCUCUUAAGUGGCUCGGCAACAACAGCAUGACAAUUGUGUUACGUUAUAUGCUCUGAUCAGCCCUGUUUUACACUUUCAUACAUUUCUCCAGUGUCGUGUUUAAUGGAGGAUUUGACGUUAUGAAGUUUGAGAGUUAAAGGAAUGUUCCAGGUUUAAUGCAUCAACAGCAUUUGUGGCAUAAUGUCGAUUACCACAGAAAGAAUAAGCAAAUACGAUGCUAUUAGAUUUCAGAAUGUUACAAAUAAAUAAAACCGCUUUCCUUACUAUAACGGGUAUAGACAGACAAGCCACAAGACCCAGAUUAAGUUUAUUGUUCAACCCAAAUCCCAAUAAUAACCAGAAAAAAUUUAUUAUUUGUUGCAUAAUGACUUUUAAAUAUAAACAAGCCCAAAAACACACAAGGGGCUCUUAAUUUGAAAUGGAGACUUGGCUCUUCUACAACGCUGUAUAUUUAAGAAUUUACCAAAAUACACUUUUAUAGCCUAUAGAUUUACCAGAUGAAGAGUUUAUUUCACCAGUUGAGGUUUAAUUAGGAAUAAGCUUUAUUAUUAUUAUUAUUAUUAUUAUUAUUAUUAUUCACAAGAUAUGAAGUUGGAAACACUAUUUAUAGUUAAUCUUUCAUUACAUGUCCUCACUUCAAUUUAGAUUGCUUGAUUAUCUAAUCAAAAUAGCGGCAGCCACAGAGGAUCAUGAAGGAAUAAAAAAAAAAACUAGCUGUAUAGUUUUUGCCGAUAAUCGAUAGUUUUAAAAAGCAACUAUCGGCACCGAUUAAUGGGUAAAACCGAUAUAUCGGUCUACCUCGAUCUAAGACAUGUAAUGUUAGAAUACUCCAGUGCUGGCCACAAUAAAACAUGGAGAAAUAAAUUUUAAAAACUAUUUGUAACUAUUAGCAUAGAUUUUUACCGCUAACCGAUAGAUCCAAAAAGCAACUAUCGGCACAGAUUAAUCGUUAUAACCGAUCUAUUGGUCGAUCUCGGACAUGUAAUGUUAGAAUACUCCAGCGCUGGCCACAACGGACCACGAAUAAAUUAAAAAAACUAUUUGUAACUAUUAGCAUAGAUUUUUACCGUUAACCGAUAGUUCUAAAAACCAACUAUCGGCACUGAUUAUUCGUUAUAACCGAUCUAUUGGUCGAUCUCGGACAUGUAAUGUUAGAAUACUCCAGCGCUGGCCACAAUAAAACAUGGAGAAAUAAAUAAACUAUCUGUAACUAUUAGCAUAGAUUUUAGCGCUAACCGAUAGAUCCAAAAAGCAACUAUCGGCACAGAUUAAUCGGUAUAACCGAUAUAUCGGUCUACCUCGAUCUUGGACAUGUAAUGUUAUAAUCCUCCAGGGCUGGCCACAACAGAACACUAAGAAAUAAAAAAAAAAAAAACCGAUCUAACUAUUAGCAUAGAUUUUUACCGUUAACCGAUAGUCCAAAGAGCAACUAUCGGCACCGAUUAAUCGGUAAAUCCAAUCUAUCGGUCGAUCUCGGACAUGUAAUGUUAUAAUCCUCCAGCGCUGGCCACAACGGAACACUAAGAAAUAAAUAAAUAAAAACUAUCUGUAACUAUUAGCAUAGAUUUUACCGCUAACCGAUAGUUCCAAAGAGCAACUAUCUGCACCGAUAUAUCGGUCUACCUCGAUCUCGGACAUGUAUUGUUAGAAUAAUCCAGCAACGGCCACAAAGGAACCCGAAGAAAUAAAAACUAUCGUUAACCAUUAGCAUAGAUUUUUCCGAUAACCGAUAUAUCGGUCUACCUCUAAUCAAAACACUUAAAUUUAAAGUGUGUUGCCCCAUUAACUGUCAUUUUAAGUGCAUCAUAUAUGCAUAUUUCUGUCUUGAUUACAUUAAGCCACACAAAGCUGUUAACAGACCUUAAAGCGGAAGUGUGUCAUUUCUGCGGCACCAACUGGAAGAACUAGUGCAGAAAUCAUCACUGUUGAUUUAAUAUCCAAAAAAUGCUUCACCUUUAACAUGUAUUGAACCCAAAACAUCCCUUUAAAAUUUUAUUUAUGCUUAAGGUAAAAGUUGACAAUCAUCGAAAUGAAAUCUUUUCCAGAGACGCUGUGUCUCUCUCUCUCUCUCUCUCUGUGUCUCUCUCUCACAAGCAUACCAAAGACUCUUCCGAUGGAUUAAUUGCACUUGCCUGUAUAGUUUUUGUUGCUUUCGCUGUAUUCCGAUCAGUUCAUGAUGUUACUGAGAGCAGCUUUAUAUUUUAUAUCUGAACGCGGUACAAAAUAAUAAUAAUAAUCUGAACUGUGAUGUGUUUCUAAAAGCCACAAAUGGAAUACAAAGGCCAUAAAUGAGCCCUCACGCUCCUUAUGCAAACAGUGUUUUAUUUUCACUUUGUUUAGUUGUAUAAACAGUAUUAUUUUAAUGAGUAUAUAUAUAUAUAUUGCACCUGUAACAGUAAAGCACUUCUGUGGUCAUGCAUGGCUAAGCCCAGAGAUACACACGUGUGCGUGUGGGUACUGACAUAUGUUCAUUCAGUGUUAUAUUCAAGAAAUAAAGGACAGUGUUACAUUUAUAAAAUGACGGUGUUGUUUUCUCAGAGGCAUUUUAAGCAAGUUUUAAAAGUGUCAUUUCACACAGAGUGUAAAGAUAAGAGAUGUGACCGCUCAUGAGUGUGAACAUGAAUUAACAUUAAACAUGCAAGUGAACAGAAAUUGUGUGUGUGUGUGUGUGUGUGUGUGUGUCUGUGUCUGUGUCUGUGUGUGUGUCUGGUGGGUGUGUGUGUGUCUGGUGGGUGUGUGUGUGUGUGUGUCUGGUGGGUGUGUGUGUGUGUGUGUGUGUGUGUGUGUGUGUGUGUGUGUCUGGUGGGUGUGUGUGGGUGUGUGUGUGUGUGUGUCUCUGAUGGGGUGUGUGUGUGUGUGUGUGUGUCUCUCUGAUGGGUGUGUGUGUGUGUGUGUG